AGAAAAUUGAAAAAUUGAAUUCGAAAUCAAUAGGGAAUGCAGACGAAUUGCUGCCAUGUUUCCCUCGCUUUUUUUCUCAAGUUGUUGAAUUCUCUCCAAGCUUUUGUUGGAGUAUCGAUCGUUCUCUAUUCGAUAUGGAUGUUGGAUCAGUGGAAGCAUCACGUCCCGAUUUCUCCGCCUCCUUUAGCGCCUCCACCGGAAUCUUCGGUUUCAAUACUCUUCAAAUCAGGACCGGAGAUUGGAGCUCAAGCAGAUAGGGUUUUCGAUGGUUUAGCUGUCGGAUUGGUCUCCGGGCUGGAUAAUGAUGUUGGGUUGAACUUGAGCUCCGUUGAACUACCUGCUCCCUGGUUCAUAUACUCUUUUAUGGGAAUAGGAAUUCUGUUAUGUUCCAUUACUCUCAUUGGUUGCAUAGCUGCUGAAUCUGUUAAUGGCUGCUGCCUUUGUUUUUAUACACUUCUCAAAAUUGUUCUGAUUCUAAUAGAAGCUGCUUUGGUCGCAUUUAUUGCAAUUGACCAUAGGUGGGAGAAGGAUCUUCCAUUUGACCCAACAGGAGAACUUGAUAGCUUCCGAUCCUUUGUCGAAGAGAACAUUGAUAUAUGUAAAUGGGUUGGCCUCGGUGUGGUCAUUAUUCAAGCAUUAGCUUUGCUAGUGGCAAUGAUUUUGCGGUCAAUGGUUUCUGCUAGAAGAAGAGAUAUUGAAGAGGAAGAUGAUUAUGAAAGUGUCAAAGGUAGAACUUGGGAGCCACUCCUAAACCCUCAGUCUAGCCACUCAUCUACGUCAGCCAAAGGCGAUGGCAGGGGAACACAAUCUAACAUGUGGGGUUCACGGAUAAGAGAAAAGUUCGGAUCGCAGAGUGGCGAUAAAUAUAAUUCACUAAAAUAGAACCCAUCUGCAAGUAUGAAGUUGAAAUAGAACGACGAUCAAGGAGACCACUCCUCUCGCAGACAGCAGUAUACGUACCGUUCCACUCCUUUAAACUUUUUGCUUUUCCGGACUAAGUUUGAUGUUGAGUAUAGGUCUUUGGACUCUGUAUAUUACUUUGUAAUCAUGUUUAUGAAACGAUUCUUGUAAUUGAAUCUGGUGAUACAUGUAGUCUGUUUAACUGAGAAGUUUGUUGUUUGGUCGAGUACUGUGUUCUCAUUGUCAUUUGAAAUGAUUUGUUUGAGGUAAUGUUGUUGUAUAAACGCAAUUGAUUU